GGUCGCUGGUCCGCGGAGGGAAGUGAAAAGCGCGUGUCCCCAUGAAUGAAAUUGGCGACGGACGCGGGGUCGCCGCGGUCGAGGGGGAGACGGAACGGAGCGUGGAGUGGGUGCGCGGCUCACGUGACGAUAGACUCGGAUUUCGCGCGCGCGCGACCGCGACCGGCGCUUCGGUGAACGUUCGGGAGAUGUCGUCGCGGCUCCGCUCGCGUGGCGGCCGGCUGGCUUGAAACACCUGACCGCGGUGUAGCAGUGCGGCAUGGGCUGGUGUGGCGGGCGCACACUUCUUUCAAAACAGGUAGCACGCGCUACCGGCUGACAGCAGCGGCGAUUCCCUCCGUUUUUCCCUCCUCCCACCCCCUCGCCCCGUCCGCGUCCUGUCGAGGUACAACAGUGCGGUAUCACGUGACACUCCCGCAAUUUUCGCGCGGCACACGCGGCUAAGUUCACAUGGAGCACCGUCGCUGUACGACAUCGACGUUCGCGAAGUCGUUUACAAUUCGUCGUUCCCGUCGUCGUCCCGAGGCCUGUUGUCCGUCAUCGUCGUCGUCGUCAUUGCCGUCGUCCAGCCGCGAAUCGUCCCUCGGGUAAGAAGGACGCGGCGCGUACGCGCGCGCGCGCGUGUGUGUGUCGGGAUUCCGCGAAAUCGAGGUAAAGAAAAUGUGAGCCGCGCGGUAACCGCGACGACGAGUGCGGAAGAAGUGUGUCCGAACGUGCGUCGCGUUCGCCGUGAAAAAUGACGCUCAUCGGCCGGACAUCAGUGUGGACGGUGUUGCUGACGUCGUUGCUGCCGAUUUCCGUGGUGUUGGUGGUGCUGGCGCGCGCCGGGGACGUCGCGACCUUGGAGUACGGCGUGGAACCCCUUCCGGCAUCCAGGGAGGAGCGGCCGCGUCCGGAUACAGGUGCGCCAAUCACAGAUCAUCGUCAUGGGCGUACAUCCCCGCACGCGGACCUGAUGUCAUCAAAAGCUAAACGCGAGCAGGCUCUACGCAACAUUCUUACUGCAAGAAGGCGACAGAUUCUAAAUCAACGUUCAUCUGAGCACCAUCGGAUUCUCUCGAGUCGUAGACCACGGCCUGGCGACACCGUCUUGAAGGAUUCUCCGGACGUACUCGAAACCCAGGAGACCAGGCAUAACGUUUACGUCACGGGCGCACAAACGGAAAUGUCAGGGGAAGAGGAAAAUCCGCAGUCGUCGAGAAAAUCAAUUGAAAAAAUUGUUUCCAUGAUAAAUCUCGACGCGACGGGAGUGGAGAUCGAAUCACGAACCACGAAGGCGCUUAAAGACGAAGCUCUGUCGACGUCGACGACCGAGACGUACGAGAACACCUCUUCAGCAUCUUCGAUCGCUCCAACAUCGACUACGUUCGUCAAUCAAAAAUUGGGAGACGCGGAUACGCGCAGGAAAAACAUCGUGUCGAUGCCGGAGUCAUUGUACAAUCAUUUCCGGCCGGUGGAGAGCAAUAUUCCGGUGGAGGAUAUGUCGCAGUUUCUUUAUUUCGGCCAGAAGCUCCAGCCGGACGCGCAGAGCGUCACCAAUAGCAGUAGCAACAACUCCGUGGAGACGACGUCGACGAAUCCGACUUCUUCGCGCAGAAGAUACUCCACGAAGAGAUUCAGCGCGACGAUAGCCACGCCGGUGGAGGAGAUUAUGAACGAAGAGAUGAAUAUUGCGUUGGAAACGUCAGAACGUCGAACGGUCGAGAAGAACCAGGUAUCGAGAAUUAAAAAUACAUUCAGGAGCUCGGCCAACGGGCUGUAUUACCGGAAGCCGAGGCCUACCGCGGACCUUGUGUCCAACGUUAUUCCGGGAAACGAGUCGAGCCCCGGUAUCGUUGGCGGAUCGGAAACGAGGAGCGAGAUGAAUGUAGUGGACGACGCUCGCGCGGACGGCACCCGCGAUCAGGUCCCGCAGGAGAGAGGAAAUGCAGGCCACGUCGCCGAGGCGAGCACGACGACCCAUAUAUUGCGACAGCGUCCAUCUGAAGACGAUGCCGAAGCGAAGGCCGUUGUGGAGAGUGAAAUCGACGCGAAACCCUCAAACGGGAUGGUCGCAGCUUCGAACGGAGCCAGCGAGAGUCUCCAGAAGACAACGAACGAUUUUGAGAAGGACAACGAGGAGAAGAAAGUUACCGAAGUGAAGACGGAAGCGGGAAAGGCGGAGAAAUUGGUGCACAAGUUGACGAGCGUCGAGACAGCGGUGCCGACGUCGUACAGAGCGAGCGCGAGGCCUCGCGAGAUCGACAACGGCGACGAGACGAUGUCGUUGUUACCAUCGCAGGCGGAAUCGUCGACGCUGCGGAUCGUGGUGCCGGACGACAGCUUCGGGCUCUCUUCGAGUUUCGCGAUCGAGAGCGAGCGGAGCCAUCGGAAUACCGUUAAGCCGCAACCGGUCGCGGAUCCCGUCGUAGAUCGACCGGUUCGCGUGUCGGCCGGCAGCGAUAUCGUUCCGAAAUCAUCGCCGUCAGGGACGUCGCCUUCAACAACGGAGUCGUCCAGCACACCUGUCGCCAUCGUCGACUUGGACCAACAGCCUCAGCAGCAUCUCCAGCAACACGUGUACGCUUACACGAUAACAAACGUAACGCGAUUGUUGCGCAACUACACCGGACCCGGAUUAAGCGGCGAGGAGGAAAAGCGAGGAGGAGGAGGUGCUACUACUGAUCGUCGUGCUGGUAGCGGUGCCGAGAUAACGAGUGGUGAACCGUCGCAGCAGCAGCAGCAGCAGCAGCAACCAUCGCCGCCGCCGCCGCCGCCGUCUUCUCCUCUUCUGUUUCCUCGUGCCGGCGAUGGCAGUAUAGAACCGGCACGAACGCCGGCGGAACUCAGUGCUGGCGCGACCGUCGAGCCAGCCGCAACUGCUGGAGCGUUGCCCAGUGUGGUUGACGGUCUGGUGGGGGAACGAUCGAGGAAAGUCGUUCCGCAGCAGCAACGAGCGACCGGUCAACGAGCAGCGGCUACCUGGCCCUCGUCGCAUUCAGCCGCGAACGAUAGCGUUAUCUCGCCGACGAGAUUCGCCAGACUACCAGAGACCGGAAAUAGAGGAUCGAUCAAGUGGAACCACACGAAAUUGCGAAUUAACGAGCAGGAGGGUGCUAACGAUCGGAGAUUCCUACGGAAGAGCGCCAGCGCGGUGCUGAAUCAAAGAACGACUGUCAACGAGGAAUCUUCGUUCUUAGCAGUGAGCAAGCGUCGCAGGGUGUUGACUUCUCCGAGCGGGGUAUCCCCUUCGAGCGGUACCAGGAGAGUCAAGUCCGACGAAGAGAAGAUCGAUGGGGCUAAGGAUAAGUUAGUGGUGAACGAUCGAUCGUCGAAUGGGACACGGGUUGCGGAUCGCGGGAAAGUUUCGGACGAUGAAGUGCCAGGUGUCGAUUCUUCACGGGAAGUUACGCGUGCCAGCGGGGUGAACGAAGUGCCGGGUGGCAGUAGCUCGCAGGAUACCACCGUCAUGGGGAUUUUGAAUCGAAAUUCGAGUGCAACCGACGACGAGACGAUGGACGCGACCGAUCCGUCCGUCCUCGGUGAUGCGAUCGCGACGACGGAGCUGGAGAAACCUGACGGUCUUGAGGAAGAUGUCGUUACCGCGUCGAGUUUAAACGUUGAGAGCGAUAUCGGGAGCAAUGCUGGAGACGUUCAAAGUGUCGCGACGCCGAACAAGACCGAGAGUGAGGUAAACGCAACGACGGACGGCGACGUCGAUACGAUCGUGACAGUGAUCGAGCAAAUCGAUGAAACGAUUACGACGACGACGACGACGACGGCAGCGGCGGCGACGACAACAACAACGUCGACGACGGCAGUACCAGCGGCACCGGUUUUCCCGGUCACGCCUAGAAUGUUAACGGAAAUGGAAAAGACUACCGUCGAUCCGGAGACUCGUACCUUGAGGCCGUCGGACACUGCGGAGGAAGUGAAUAAUAUGGAUCCCUCAGAGAUCCAGAAGAGGUACCGAGCUAAAGACGCAACGACGACGACGACGACGACGACGACAAUGGUUCCGCCGAUUCAGAGUGACGUUCAAGUGGACGAGACUUCGAGCAGAAAGUCAAAAGUCCUGCCUACCUCGUCGACGCCCACGACGGCAACGGAGAACGGGAAACGCGUGUCUGGCGAGAGAUCGCCGGAAGUCAGAGCGCGUAAUUUAUCGGACAAGUCGAAAGACAAGGACGACGUGCUGCCGAUCAUGCAUCUGUACAAUACGUCGGAUAUCUUCAAUGGUAGUGGGCCGAUGGACGGCUUCGCUCGCGGCACGGAACGGCCGCGGGUGGUGCUUCCGGUAGAGUCUGAGCCGCAGAACGAGGACAGUUCAGCAUCGACGACAACGACAACGAUGACGACGACGACGACGACGACGACGACGACGACAACGGAAAAAAUUCCCGAGUUGGCGACGACCGUCAAUAACACGGCGGAAAUCGGCGGAAGUACGUCGACCACCGUUCCCGUUCCCAAGUUUAAGGAACCCACCGUAAUCCCAACGAGCUCCCGGAAAGACAAACACGAGGAGUCUCGCGAGUCUCAGGCCUCUACCGUCCCUCCAGUGUCCAAAGGCUCUUCUUUCGCACCCACAGCCAACAGGACGAGGUACAGGCCUUCCUAUCAUCACUCGAUUCUGCCGGAGUACAACGGCACGAUGUAUCAUCCCAGCGAGCUCAACAGGACGUUCUUCGAGACCGGCGAGCCGAUCUCGUUGAGCCCGCGGGAAUCGAUGAACGUCAGUGAGGUGAUAUUGAAGCGGCACGACGGCGACGCGAUCGCCACUCAGGAGACGGUCGCCGUGGUCGGCUACAUCCUGGCCACCCUCGUCGUCUUUCCCAUCGCCGUCGGCGUCGGGCUCAUUCUCAGAAGACUGAUACUUAGGAAUCGUAAGGUGCUCGAGGAGUCGGACACGUCAUCGGAGAUAAGCUGCAGGAAGGACGCUCUUAAUCUCGAAAACGGCGACUUCAAGACGUCCAUCGAGAAGGCCAUCACAAAGUUACCGAGGAUACAGCACUUGUGUCACGAAGCUGAGAAACCACCGCCGCCGCCGCCGCCGCCGCCAUCCCAGGAAUCCAGAUGGGAGUUUCCUAGAGAUAAGCUUAGAUUACAGACAGUCCUCGGGCAAGGAAACUUCGGCCAGGUGUGGAAAGCCGAAGCCGACGAUUUGACAGGUCAUCAAGGUACGACCCGAUUAGUGGCAGUGAAAACUAUCAAAGAAGGCGCCUCCGAUCGGGAAAAGGAGGACUUGGAUCGCGAACUCGAAAUCAUGAAGCAAUUAGGCAGUCAUCCGAACGUCGUGACGCUUUUAGGCUGCUGUACCGAAGAAAAGCCUCAUUAUCUCAUACUGGAGUACGUCAUGUACGGGAAACUGCUCGCGUAUCUGCGUGAUCACCGUACCAGGCAGUACUUUUACAACUUCAGCGAGGAUUCGGCAGCCUUGACAUCCAGGGAUCUCACGGUUUUCGGAUAUUGCGUGGCCAGAGGCAUGGAGUAUCUUGCGUCGAAAAAGAUCAUCCACCGCGAUCUCGCCGCCAGAAACGUCCUCGUCGAUCACAACAAGCUGUGCAAGAUCGCCGACUUCGGUAUGUCGAGGUUCGCCAACGAGGACGGCGAGGUGAUCGAGACCAGGCACGGCAGGAACGCCCUGCCCAUCCGAUGGAUGGCCCCCGAAUCGUUGAUCUACUCCCUGUUCACGACGAAGACUGACGUCUGGAGCUUCGGGAUUCUGAUGUGGGAGAUCGUCACUUUAGGUUCGACACCAUACCCGGAUAUGACGGCGCGGGAAGUCAUGCGGAACGUGCACAACGGUUAUCGACUGGAGAGGCCUUCGCACUGCCGAAGCGAGCUCUUCAGGGUGAUAUCCCGAUGCUGGCACGCCGAUCCCGACCGCAGGCCGGAGUUCCAGAUUCUACGCAGGGAUCUCGCCCAGCUGCUGGAGGACAACAUGAACGGACACUACGUGGACCUCGAGAGCUUUGCCUCCGAGUGCACCGACUGAGAGCGGCCAACGGAGGAAACCUCAGGCUCAUCUUCGAUCGCAUCGGGAAAUUUCGAAGCGAAGAGACUCGCGCUUGGCACUGACACUUGGUGUCACGUGAGCAGGGAGAGUUUUCGACGUAUCGAUCCUUGAAAGAGCGACUUUCCCUCGUAGAACGUAAUUGAGAUUAUCGAAUUCUGCGAGAUCUGUGGGACGUCCUAUGUCCUGUUUUUGAUCUUCAAAAAUUCGUAGGUAUUUUGUAUUCACGUUUCGCGAAGUAGAAUCGCCAACUGCUACUUGGGCCAACGGGGAAUUAUCCAAUUGUACAAAAAUUCUCCCGACUUGUAUGUAAAAAUCGCAAUCCGUCCGCAAACUCAAAUUCGUCCAGUACACUUGCACGAGUCUCAUUAUCAUUGUGCAAUAGCAGAUUGUAAUAACAAGAUGCGAUGUUAAUUUAUUAUUAUGCGAAUACGACAUGUACUCAGCAACAACGUCGCACAUACAUUCGUAAUAGUUACGAAUAGAUUUUUAUCAUUGGAUACUUCUACGAUUCGCUGAAGUAUACAUGUAAUUAAUUAUGUGAUUUUCAUCUUGCUGAAGUAUGCAAAACUUAGAACACAGGAACACUGUAACGCGCGAUGAUGUGAUAAAUAAUGGAAAAAAAAAAUUAUGUAAGCACGAUGCUUAAAGCGCAAGAAAAAUUUAUCAAGUCCGCAAAAUACGAGUAUUUUAUCUAAAAUAGAAUUCUUGGGUAAGUAGAGUAUUCUUACAAUUAAUUAUACGCGAACUACCGUGCGUUAAUCUUUCCGCAUCUAUUAAUUUUUAUCCUAUUAAUUUUAUUUAUUUAAACGAAAGAAUGUAUACAUUGAUUUUGCACAAUUGAUGAUUGCAUGAAAACUUGCUGUUACGUUAUGUGUUUUAGAUAAAUUAUUUUUUUUAUUAGAAAAACACAUUCGGACGUCAGUUUAUCGAAACGACAGCGGAUAUUAUUUUCAGCAGAGAGUUUUGCUCUGAGAUUUUGACAUUCAUUCAUUAUUACUUCGAACGAAAGAGACGGCAAUAGAAAGACUUCAAUUCAUCACGUUGAACUUGAAUGGCACAACAACGAGACUCAGCUUUGCGUCGCGGCAUUUGUACAUACUGUGUCCCCUGCGUAAUAUAUACAUAUAUAGAUAUAAAGAUAAAUAUUAUAUUUGCCGGAAAUCAAAAAGAGAUGCCCCAUUCUGCGAAACGCAUUACUCGCCGUAAUACUGUAACAAUAAUUCCCACUAUUAAUCGUUAGGUACGUCCAUCCCGUAUUUCCAAUCGCGCCCGACGCGUUUAUUCUUAAUCAUUCUAGUCUUUCGCGACGCGUUUUGGGGCGACGAUCGGUAUAGAUCGGUAUACAUCGCACGCUAUUUUCCUUUUUUCAUUCUCCGCUUUUAUGAGCGUUACCAAUUCUCUCGAAAUUGCGAUAUCGGCAACGUAAUAUAAUAUAUCGCGGUCGUAAAAAAAGAAAAGAAAGAAAAUUACCGAUUAAUGCCCCGUUGUCAGUUGAUUAUUGUAUUAAGUAUUUUUUUUUUCUUUGCUGUCUUCUUUUGCGAUAUCGUUUUCGCUCUUUGAUAGGGGCUGGUUUUCGUUAUCAUUCGAGACAUUGCUCUCGGAUAUAAUGCAUUUUGUGCGUUAUUAUCGCGAAAAAAAAAAGUUGCGACCAACACAUUGUAUGUAGACUCGAUUGUAUUAAGAACUUUUGUCAGUAAACGUUAUGAGAAAAUUUAA